UACUGAUUCCUCAUUCAAUGGACGUCAUUUAGUGCGGAGUCUGCCUUGAGUUGCUUCCUCGCUUCACGCUCGAUUUCCGACCAUUCUUCCCUUAUUAAGUAUUCGUGUAAUAUUAAUAGUCAUGAAUAUCUGCUAUUAGGAGUCCGAAAGGAAGAGGCAGCUCUUUGCUAAAUAUGCGCCCGAGCGAGGGAACAGCUCACUGAGAGAGCGAAUGCGAUGGAAAGGGGGAUCUAAGAAACUUUAAAAAAAAAAAGCAGCCCAAUCUGCCAAGACGUAAAACUGCAUUUAUUUCCUUUUUUCUUUUCUUCCUUUUUUCUUUUUUUGUUUCUAACAAAUGAAGAACAUUGGGAAUUGUACCCAAGCUCUGAUGGAUUAUCGUGCUUCUGCUUCUUCUCGUGUUUGAACACUGGGACUCGACGCACAGAAAGAAAAAAGCGCUUCGGUGCUGUGGCUCUUUAUUCCGCCUCGCUCGCUCCGGUUCCUCGCUCAACAUUUUCUCGCGUUCUCCAGAAACGCCCGGAAAUCUCUUCAGAUGUUAGUGCACAGCUUCUCCGCGAUGGAUCGCCAUGACGGGACCAGCAAUGGGACGGCCAGGUUACCUCAGCUGGGCAGCGUGGGUCAGUCGCCGUACACGAGCGCGCCUCCGCUCUCGCACACGCCCAACUCGGACUUCCAGCCGCCCUACUUCCCGCCGCCCUACCAGCCCAUCUAUCCGCAGUCUCAGGACCCCUACUCGCACGUGAACGACCCCUACUCCAUCAAUUCGCUGCACGCACAGCCGCAGCCGCAGCACCCUGGCUGGCCAAGCCAGCGGCAGAGCCAGGAGAGCAGCCUGCUGCACCAGCACCGCGGCCUGCCCCACCAGCUGUGCCGGGAGUACCGCAGAGAGGUGCUGCUCCCCUCCGGCCACGGACUCGACACCACCGGCCUUACAGACUCUAUCCCCAUCCACGGAAUACCUCACUCUUUAGACGACGUGCAGCACGUUGAGGACCAAGGAAUUCACAUCCCUGACCAGACCGUAAUCAAGAAAGGUCCAGUUUCCUUGUCCAAGAACAACAGCAACGUGUCGGCCAUCCCCCUCAAUAAGGAUGGGCUUUUCGGCGGUGUGGUCAAUCCAAACGAGGUUUUCUGUUCGGUCCCUGGCCGCCUGUCCCUCCUCAGCUCCACGUCAAAGUACAAGGUCACGGUAGCAGAAGUGCAGAGACGCCUCUCACCGCCCGAGUGCCUCAACGCCUCCCUGCUCGGCGGGGUGUUGAGAAGGGCAAAAUCUAAGAAUGGAGGAAGAUCCUUAAGAGAGAAACUGGAUAAAAUCGGAUUAAAUCUACCGGCAGGAAGGCGCAAGGCCGCAAACGUGACCCUGCUGACGUCACUUGUGGAAGGCGAAGCCGUGCAUCUUGCCAGAGAUUUCGGUUAUGUAUGCGAGACCGAGUUCCCGGCCAAGGCAGUAGCUGAAUACGUAAACCGUCAGCAUUCCGACCCAAAUGAACAAGUCCAAAGAAAAAACAUGUUAUUGGCAACGAAACAAAUCUGCAAAGAAUUCACCGACCUGCUCUCCCAGGACCGCUCGCCCCUGGGGAACUCUCGCCCGCAGCCCAUCCUGGAGCCCGGCAUUCAGAGCUGCUUGACCCACUUCAGUCUCAUCUCGCACGGCUUCGGGACGCCGGCCGUGUGUGCGGCCGUGACCGCGCUGCAGAACUAUCUGACCGAGGCCAUUAAGGCCAUGGACAAAAUGUACCUCAACAACAACCCCAACAGCCACUCCGAAUCUGGCACUAAAGGCGGAGACAAAGACGAGAAGCACAGAAAGUGAUCUCCAGCCAACGUCCAGGCGGCCACACUAUUAACGUUACAAAUACAUAUUAAACACAAAUCCCCACUAGUGACCAAGGCGACAGUCGUGCCACUUAUUAUUUCUUUCCCCGAGCUUGAUUCGCAAACGUGUUUGAGUUGUUUUCGAAACCAGAUCCAACCGGGAAUCGACGGAAAACCCAGUUCUCCAAAUAAAAUCCAAAGGGUGGCGGUGUGACCGGAUGGAGCGCGAGCGAAGGAAGAAAAAAAUACUAGAUUUGCCACCCGAGGACUUUUAAUGAACUCCAUCUUUUUUAUUACGAGCUGCAACGGACUGAAAUCUAGCCACCCCUUCUCAAUCCAAGAUUGUAGCCAUGUGACUAAAAAAAGAAGCUGAAAGAGGAUGAUUUUCUAUCAGUAUUGUGAAUAAUAAACUUGAACGAAAGAAAAAAAAAAGCUCCACAGCUCCAUCGCCAUGACUUCAGACAUAAGACGUUUCACACUGAGCGACCAACUUGAACUUUUGAAAAAUUUCAACACGAUUCACGGUUAUAUGAGGGAAUCUGUGUUCAUGUAUGUAUAUAUUUAUUUAUGUGUAAUUUAACGGGAACUGUAAAUAUGGUGCGUCUGUUGAAACUUCUUUUUUUAUUUAUCUGGUGCCUCCUGUUUUAGUGGGUUUGAAUAUUCGCUUAGUUCUUCAUGUGGUUUUAUGGUUCUUAGAAAAAAAACAAGUUUGGGGUUAUUAUUUUUUUUUUCUCUGGGAUAUUUCAACUCAGCCCUCUUGUAGCAUGUUGAGGCGUCAUCAAAGCAAGUGAACAAAUUGAAUAGAAAUAAACGUCCAUUUUUUUCUCUAUAUAUCAUCCUUAUGCCAUUCAGUUUUUAAUCGAAAAAAAGAGAUGACAGAGACCCCGAUGAGACUAGUUUUUGUGUUUCUAUUUUCUUGUUUUUUAUACGAGCUUUUAUGUGUUGUGCCAAUCAGAAUACGUUUCACCUCUUGUUCUUCCCUCGAAGCACCAUAAGAGCAAUAAAUGGAUAGCCUAUUGUCCUCAGAAAUCUUUACUUUUUUUUCUUCAAAAAAUGAUCAAAUAAAAAAAUUAAAAAAGGAAAAAAAACAUUUGGGACCAUCUGAUAUCUUGUAUGUCCAAUGUCGAAUUGGAGGCGGUUUUAUCUGUAUUGUAUAGGCCUGUGCUGGCAAUAGUUCCCAUGCCUGUCAAUGUAUUAUAGUCAUUUGUUGCCCAGGAAAAAAAAUAAAUAUUUGAUACGCUUCA